AUGAACACUAGUGUUAUCCAUCUGUUCCUCGUCUUUACGAUCCUCGUCGCUCUGGUACAAUGUACCCCGGGGCCGUUGUACCAAAACAUAUAUGAUUGUACAGGCAGGAAAGAUGGCACGCGAGAUGCACCAAACGCCGUAUGUCUUGGUUACGCCGCUGGAAUCUACCCACGUCCUCAAAACACCGGAUGUAAGGUCGGUGACGAUGAAUUAUGUUGCAUUGAUCCAGCGGCCAAGGUCAAAGGAGCCGGAGCAGGGUGUCAACCAGCCUAG